UGCACGAGCUGGGGUUCCCGCUGACGGGUAAAACCCCCAUCCAACCAUCGCAUUUCAGCUUUCAGGGUCCCCUGUUACUUUUCUCGGAAUCAUGCGCAGUUUCCGAUCCCGGUCUGGGAGACAGGGAAGGGACGUCCAACACGAAGAGCAAAGGCAUUUUCUCUGCCAGGGCUGCUUUCUCCUGCCUCAACCCCUCGUUGCACUCAAGGACGACAAGAAUUGUCCAAUUCUCAGACAAUCACCCUUCACUUCCAGUCGCCAGCACCAAACAUCACAUACAUAGACGCAGUCAAAGUGGCAUCAUGGAAAGAUUUGACUGCGUUGUUGUCGGCGCAGGAUGGUACGGUCUAGGCGCGGCGAAGCAGUAUCACUGCAUGUUCCCUGACAGCUCACUUGUGAUAUUUGACGCGGCGCCCACGCUUGGUGGCACGUGGGCGGAUCAUAGAAUCUAUCCCGGUCUGAAGAGCAACAAUCAGCUGGGGACCUUUGAGUUCCCCGAUUUCCCCAUGGAUACGGCUACGUUUGGUGUCCAAACUCGAGAGCAUAUCCCCGGCGGCGUCCUCAACGCAUACCUGAAGGCCUACGCAGCUAAAUUUGGCAUAGACACCCUCAUCCGCGCCAACUCCAAGGUCACAGUCGCUGAGCAUCAGGAAACCGCUGAGGGCGGCUGGGUCUUGACUGUAGCCAGUGGCCAGCAGGAGACCACAGUCUUCGCUCGCCGGUUGAUCAUUGCCUCUGGUCUGACCUCGGAGGCUUUUUUGCCUCAUUUCGAUGGCGAGGAAACCUUUGGUGGUCGGAUAUUCCACGGGCGUGACUUUUUGCAGAACAAGGAUACUAUCCAGGAGGGCAAGUCGGUGACAGUGUACGGCGGCACCAAGUUUGCCUGGGAUGCGGUAUACGCAUACGCGUCGGCGGGCGCCAAGGUGAAUUGGGUCAUCAGGUCAUCUGGUCAUGGACCCUGUUGGAUGGCGCCUCCAUUCGUGACGCCAUUCAAAAAAUGGAUCGAGGCUCUCGCGAAUGUUCGCUUUCUCUCAUGGUUCAGUCCCUGCAUCUGGGGAGACGUCGAUGGAUACGGCCGCAUCCGCAGAUUUCUACAUGGCACUGCCUUUGGGAGGGCUUUGGUCGAUGGCUUUUGGCACGUUCUCGGUGGGGAUGUCCUGGCACUCAACAAGUACGACGCACAUCCCAAGACCGCAAAACUGAAGCCUUGGACGGAGGCCAUGUUCACGGCAACCAGCUUCAGUAUCGUCAACUGGGAAACGGACAUCUGGGAACUUAUUAAAAGUGACUUGGUCGAUGUUCACAUUGGCGAGAUUGACCAUCUCAGCCCUGGGAAAGUCCACUUGGCCGACGGUACGGAAUUUGAGUCCGAUGCGUUCUUGGCGCAUACGGGUUGGAAACAUGUCCCGCCCAUGAAGUUCCUCCCGGAGAGUAUCGAGAGGGAGCUUGGCCUCCCUCAUGCACCCGCUCAGGAUGCUCCUGAAGAGGACCUUGCCAACCAAACAGCUUUGGUGAAACGAGCCGACAAGGAGAUCUUCGCCCGCUUUCCGCGCCUCAAGACUCAGCCAGUAUGGAAUAAGAACUACAUCCCGAUGACGGAACAGAGAGGCAUCCACAGCAGCGACGAGGUCACGCCGUACACACCCCUCACCCCGUUCAUGCUGUAUCACUUCAUCGUGCCUCCAGCUGAGCGCUUCUUGCGAACCCGCGAUGUUGCCUUUGCGGGCAUGGUCAGCAACUUCAGCAACGUGAUCACGUCUCAUCUCCAAGGUCUGUGGAUCAGUGCCUACUUCUCUGGGCGCCUCGCAAACGAUCCAGCUGCCGCAGUCGGUGACCAUGAUGCCAUGGCAGCUCUGCGAUAUGAGACGGUGCUGCAUAACAGAUUCGGGAAAUGGCGAUAUCCCACUGAAUGGCAUAAAAGCCCCUGCUUCAUCUUUGAUGCGGUGCCAUACCUGGAUCUAUUGCUACGUGACCUUGGUUUGGAUCCUCCCCACAAAGGUAGCUUAUGGGCAGAUGUUUGGCAUCCGUAUUUGUCCAGGGACUACAGGGCCAUUAACGAAAAUUGGAAGAACAAGUAUGGCAGCGACAAGCCUGAUGUUAUUUAGCUGUAACCCACGUCACAGUAUUGUUAGGAACGUGUAGAUCACUUAAUG